CGGCGGCUUGGCCGGAAGCGCAGGAGACAGGAUGUCCUGUUGAAAUAACUGGAGGAGACAGCCAUCUUAGCGGAAGGGCAGACAGAUAUUGACGCGUGAUGAAAUCAUGUGGCACGUAACUCCUACAGUAGAAAACCACUACUGCUGGAACUGCGAGGAGAGCAGAACCGUGCCAUACUAUGGGACAAGCGCUGGACGUGGAGCCUUUAACCGAGGAACAAAAAAUAUUACGUCAGCAUAACGAACUAUGGACGACAAUUUCGGAGCUAUUAGGCCAGUACGGAGUCUACACAUACGAGGAGAUUCACGAAAUUGUUGCCAUCUUGGAGGAUGUAGGCAUCAGGAACAUCAAAGCCUUCGCCGUGCUUGAGCAGAAGGACCUUGAAGCGAAGAACAUGAAACCGGCUGUCAUACAUAUUCUGAUGAAAAAGGCUGAAGAAAUGAAGAGGCUGGCUGCUCCUGUUCCUGUUUUUUCAGGAUAAGAGGUUGUCAUGUAUCAAAUGGAAGCAUUCCUCAAGCAUUCUGAUUGUCGUGAGAAACAUGCCCUGGGGGAUAUUCUGCUUCGUCCUUUUGGCUGCCAAGCAUUAUACACUUGCCACUUUGUCACCAUGUAUAACACAAAAGCUGUUUUGAAAAUAAUGGUGAUCUGUAAAGAUAUGUUUACUCACCAUUCGUAACAGGUACUGCGAAAUAAGAUUUUGCUGCACGGGGAAUGGUACGCAACCUGUUGAAUCUGUUCACCAGGCGCUUCUUCUUAACACUUCAAAUCCCGGAAUGACCUACUGUUCAUUUUUAUUUGAAAGUUUUUUGUAGAAUGUGUCUUUCUUCUUUUUCUCAAAUUGUGAACCAGUCAUAACAAUGCCUACAUCGCCACUAA